AUGUUACAUGUUACAGAUCUCCCAGCGAACAUAUCGACUUCCAACACCCGACCUACCAACAGCCAACCUCUCAACAGCGAACUUUCCGAAAGCCGACCUUCCAACAGCCGACCUUCCGACAACCGACCUUCCAACAGCAGACCACCUAACACCGAACUUACCGACAGCCGACCUUCCGACAACGAACUUCCCGACAGCCGACCUUCCAACAGUAGACCAUCCAACACCCGACCUCCUGACAGCCGACCAGGUGACCCUCCACAAGACUGGUCAGACCCGGGCAUCCCUCAGGUGGUAGUGAAGGUGUGGGACUUUAAAGAUGGCCAGUUGACUCUCGUGGCCACCAAGCAAGUCCCUUCCUCAACCUUUACACACCCCGGCGUCCCUCACGGUGCGUCGCCUCUCACACCUAUCUCCAUGACAGCUGAGAUUGACGAGGACGUUGCUCAGAGUCUCUUAGCACAGCUGUCACCAUCGGGGUCACAGCCGUCCUCAUCAUCGGGGUCACAGCUGUCAUCAUCGGGGUCAGAGUUGUCUUUAUCUUUGGGGUCACAGCUGUCCUCAUCAUCGGAGUCACAGCUGUCCUCACCAUCAGGGUCACAGCUGUCCUCACCAUCAGGGUCACAGCUGUCCUCACCAUCGGGUUCACAGCUGUCCUCACCAUCAGGGUCACAGCUGUCCUCACCAUCAGGGUCACAGACGUCCAGUCCCCAACACAAGACAAAGCCAGCGGGGCCAUACAACCAACCGCAUACAACCACCACGAUCCAGCCACUCAGUGAGACCCACCAAGUCCACCAACAUGUGCCUCCACUCCACCCACUUGCUACUGAGGAGUUACAGGCUCUCAUGCAACACACUCUCCAACAACCACAACAGACUCAUCAACAACCGCAAGACAGUCAACAACAACAAUCACAACAGACUUUACCCCAAUCACAAAUUCUGAAACAACCGCAAAACACCCUGCAACAACUACAGCAACCAGAAAAGACUCAGCCACCACAGCAACAAACUCUGCAACAACCACAAUAUACUCAUCAUCAAUCUCAACAGACCCUACAACAACCACAACAUACAUUGCAACAACCACAAUAUACUUACCAGCAACCACAAUAUUCUCUUCAACAACCACAAUAUAUUCUACAACAACCACAACAGCCUCUGCACCAACCACAACAACUUUUGCAACAACCACAACAGACUUUGAAACAACCUCAUCAGCCGCUACAACCACAACAUACUCUGCAACAGCCAUACCAUUCUCUGCAACAGCCACACCAUUCUCUUCAACAACCACAUCAAACUCUACAACAACCACAACAUUCUUUACAACAACCACAACAGACUUUGCAACAACCACAUCAGACUCUACAACCACAACAUACUUUGCAACAGCCACAACAUUCUCUGCAACAGCCACACCAUUCUCUGCAACAGCCACAUCAUACUCUGCAACAACCACACCAGACUUUGCAACAACCACAUCAGCCUCUACAACCACACCAUACUCUGCAACAACCACAACAUACUCUGCAACAACCACACCAGACUUUGAAACAACCAUAUCAGCCUCUACAACCACAACAUACUUUGCAACACGCACAAGUGAGUCACCAACACCACCCAUACCCAGCGCAACAAAACGUUUCCAUCCAAGAUUUCAAUCAACCAUUACCAUUUAGCGUAGCAGCAGACAGCGGCCAUGUUGACAUACUUCGUCCACCUCCCAUCACUGACUUCGACGCCUAUAUUAAGUAUCUUCAGAAUGUUGCCUCUAAUGACACAUUGUUGAGCCCAUCCCUUCUCCCGUCUCCAUCGUCACUGGAACAAGACUUGGAGCCACCUCAGUCAACGCCGUCAUUACUGCAACAAACAGUAACAUCACAGCAGCCUACACCAUCGCGUCUUCACCCAAAUCCAUUUAUCUAUCCAAUCUUAUCUAAAUAUCCGAAUUCAUCACCAGUUCACUCGGUAGUACAACCAACUUCAUUACCAGCUGCACAAGAACUAUGGUUAAAACCACUAAGCCUCCAGCAGUACCCACUUCCCCUUCAGGUAGUUCCAUCAUCACUGCUGGCAGGAUUCUCGUCCAGUCCCCCCCAAGUGACAGCGAGUCCGUCUGGUCAUCUGGUUGGUCAUAGCAGUCCACCAGUCACACUCCACACUACUUCUCAGGUUCUAGAGACUCUCACUCAGACUCCCAGUGUUCAAGUUGCACAAAAAAAUACUGAUCUCUUCAGGGACUUCACAAAAGAGAUCCUGCAAAGUCUUUCCUACAUAGAUACACAGUCAGCGUCUGUACAUAACACCUUGGUCAGUCAUGAAGACAAUAAAGAGACUGUGGUUGGUCUGGCUACACAACUACCCACACAUAGUGGCCAGAUUCCCCUCCCUUCACCUACCCGUCACCCUGUUGUCUCAGCAGAUGAGUCUGACUCUUAUAACACCCUCAAUGAUGUGAUUAGUGGUGCUACCAAGGCUGCUCCACUUUACACCCACUCAUUCCUUACAACACCUUUACCAUCUUUAACCAAAAGAACUGGUGUCACUGACCCUUACAGUGAUACGACCCCCUUUGUCAUCUCUCAAGAAACAUCUUCAGGAGCGACUGAUAAUGUUGUUUAUAACUGGCAAAUUAUUAACAACCAGGAAGAACCUAAUACACAAGAUUAUCAAACUCCUUACCAAGACAAUCUCCCCCGCCCUAUUUAUAAACACCGAUCCUCCAGCACAUCCACUGGCACAACCACUUCAACACCUAAACCUUUUGGAGGUGUUGGUAACCCUGCUCUUCUAGGAGUGCCCGUCAGUCUUCAACAUAACAGCAACACCUACGCGGAGCCCACCACCAGGCCACUACAGCAAGAACCACCACAUAUUUUCGGCGGUGUGGGUAACGACGCCCUGGACAGCUACCCCCUGAUUGUUAGUAGUAAUUUCGAAAACAAAAACCCCGACAGCUUCGUAUCUCUGGAGAGCCACAACCCUUUACUUGGUGACACAACACAGAUUGCGGACAUGAGUGCCAGUGGUGUCAUCGACGACCAGUCACUUGUGUAUCCGCCGCCAAUAUUCCAGCCGAUGUAUGGGGAUGAAAUACCUUAUAUUGACGACGACUUAUACAACGUGAGCAGCGCAGUGUGGCAGCAACUUCAACAACUACCCUCGUUUAAUAAUCUCUUCGCCGGUAUAGAUAUUAACGAUCCCAGAAUUUCAGGAGUUAUACAGUCAUUAGUGUUACAGUCUAUAGGAGCAAUUGACCCACAACUGUUACAUGCCCUUGAACUGGGUGACGGGCAGCUGAGAUAUCACCAUGACUCUCUCUUAUCCAUCCCCGCCACACCUCUCCUACCACUCAGACCAGACAUUGAACACCAGAUAAAGAACAUUAUCAGGAACCAAGCGUGGUUUUACAGUGGCAUUCCUAAAUACAACGACACCCUGUACGUCGAUACCUCAAACAUGAAUUACUUCGACAGUGGUGUUAGUCCUGACGACACACACCAGUACGUCCAUCCAUCCAUAUAUGAUCCCCUGGCAGGUGAAAGUACAGACAACACCAACAUAUCAUACCAAAAUUUAGUUGAGUUGAUGGAAGGUACAAAUGAUGAUAUUCUCCCCCCGCCACUCAUUAACCUGCAAGAUGCCCUCAAGCAACACCUGGGGCCCUUCCUCUCACCUGACACAUCUGACUACAGUCCCAGCCCUAGUGACUACAGUCCCAGCCCUAGUGACUACAGUCCCAGCCCUAGUGACUACACACCCUCCCCAACAUAUUUCAGCUCCUUCUUGAUGCACUCUAGCCCCUCCCCAACACACUCUAGCCCCUCCCCAACACACUCUAGCCCCUCCCCAACACACUCUAGCCCCUCCCCCCUAGACCCUCUCCAGCACACUCUCUCCCCAGACCAACUCGUUCCAGCUCCUCCCCAACUCGUUCCAGACCCUCUCCAACUCGUUCCAGCUCCUCCCCAACUCGUUCCAGACCCUCUCCAACUCGUUCCAGCUCCUCCCCAACUCGUUCCAGACCCUCUCCAACUCGUUCCAGCUCCUCCCCAACUCGUUCCAGACCCUCUCCAACUCGUUCCAGCUCCUCCCCAACUCGUUCCAGACCCUCUCCAACUCGUUCCAGCUCCUCCCCAACUCGUUCCAGACCGUCACCAACACACUCUAGCCCCUCCCCAACGCCUACACCUUAUAUAA